CGCUCUUGGUCCAUGAAGACAUUACAGCGGCUGGCGGUCAAGAACGUGCUGUGGUUGGGGGGGGCUUUGAUUGAGUAUUGUACAGCAAGCACAGGUGCUAGUAACCAAGACGUGCUUUUCCUGCGUGAAAAGUUACUUCGAACUUGUACAAGGAUUACGAGAAAACUCAAUCACACGAUAUACCGCCACAGUUGGCCGGCAACACGUGGGGGCUCGCACAGCACUUGUUCAUUGUCUUGGCUUGUGCCAGCGCGCGAUGGGAUAAAGGCCAGCUUCUGCUGGGGCCGAUCGACUAAAGACUCAAGGUGGACCCCACUCCCUCCGUACCUGUCAUCCGCACAUCGUUAACCUAAUGCCUGCCGUUCGGUCUCGAGCAUUGGUUGCGGGUCCCACUCCGCUCAAACAUGUUGAUUUCAUCCUCAAUAGCGCCGCAGUAGCUGGUCUCUUAGGUGGCGAAGAGGCCCUUACGUCCAUGGCAGCUGUUCACGUCUUCGGUGGAAAGACAUGGCUGGGGUGGUACAAUUCCCCCGGUUCAUACACCAUGGGUCUACGCUUCAUGCAACUCGCUCGAUCAGCGGUCCCUGCAUAUGAUGAUGGCGAGGUGCAGGCCGAUCUGGCAACGCUGUUCGAGUACAAUGGUUGGAGGGGACCCAAGUUUACAGCUGUCCAUUCUGGAACUAUCAUGCAAGACACGGGUCAUAUUGCUGCUUUGUUGAUGAAGGAAUGCGCAGAACUAGGAGCAGCUGCCAUUGCGGGGGGCAGAAAAACACAAUCUUUUGGCGUUACUAUUGCAAGGCUUCGUAGCCCGCCCAAGGCUAGUGUAGAGGUCCCGUCCCCCAGACCUUACGUCGUCUUCUUCGCCAGCAUACCGAUUCUCGUCAGCGUUUCCACCUGCGUCCUCUCCGCCGUGUACCAGGACUGGUACGGCUUUGCCAUCAUUUUCUUUGGUAUCAUUGCCAACGGCUUUGCUUCUAUGGUGAUCGGCUUCGGUAAAUUCCAGUUCACUCAUCCAGAACCUGCACCUGGUUCACCUCCUGGAGAUGGCAUUCUUGGUUGUGACGAGGGCAUUGUUUUGUUAAAAGGAGCAGAGGGAGCGGUCAAUGCGGUUACGCGGGGAAGGUUCUUCUUACUCUUCGAGUCCAAGGAUGCUUCCCGAAACUUGAGGAUCUGCUCCAUCCUUCUCAUCACUCAGUCUCUCGUGAUGUUAAUCCUCAUAUCACAGAGUUCAUUCUUUGGCCAAUUGAUGUUCGUCAUUUCUUUGGCCACUUCUUGGGGGUACAACCUGUGGCUCUGGACCUUCGACAAGGAGAAAAUCCAGCGCGAAAUAUUAAGAAAGGUCCUUGGGAAACCAAAACUCACCAAAUUCAUCCUCAGGACUCGCACUAGCAUGCUCGUCUUCGUCGCCCUCGCCCUAAAACUGACGGACGCUAAGGAGAUCACGAAGGUUUUCCUGGUUCCCGACACUUUAGUGUGGGACAAGUGGAAGAAGAUUGUGAUCAAGGGUCUCAGGGAUGAGCGAAAUCUUGAAUUCGAGGAUGCGGAUUGGAACUGUGACGGUUUCUCUGUGGAGCAGAAGACCUUGUUGAAGACGCUUCUUGAGGAUGCCAUGGUAGCAUACAAGCUUUUCGAUGAGCACAAGGGGGAGAUUGUUGUUGACGAGAAGGAGGUUGUUGGUAACGAGGAGACUGUUGGUAGCGAGAAGGAGGUUGCUGGUUGAGCAUCACAGCAGGGCAUGGGUA